UGUGUCACUAGCUGCAUUUCAAGCAGGUGAGAGACACAGAUUGGAGUAGAAAACUAUUGGAGAAGUUUUAAAACCAACUGGAUAGUAAAGAAGGGGUUACUUUAAUUGUUUGAGGUCAGGGAGAGUUGACCAUUUAGUGGACAUUGUUGUUAUGUGCAUGGUUCGCACAAGUGAAGUUUAAUUGGAUUGCUUCACAUGUUUUGUUGAACUUUCUAAAGUUUAAACAUUACCUAUGUUGUGACGGCAAUGUUACCUAUAGUAUAUGUUUUAAAAAUAGCUGCGUAAUUCUGCUAUGUCGCUGUUUGUUGAUAUAAUUGAAAAUUGUGGAGCUGCCAGAAUCUAGUCAUAUUUUUAUUGCACUCUCUGCAUUACAUCUAGAAGAUUGAUAUUGAUAGGCUAUGUACACAAAAAGGAAGAAAUGUGAUAAUAAUUACCUAACAGAUUAAACAUAAACCUCUUUACAGCUAUUAAUAGUUUUGCUUGAGGGUUAAAACAGUCAGCUUGUGGUUUUUUGGUAUUCAGUGUUGAAGAUUGUUGAAAGGAACAGACAGACGUUCAUCGAUCAGAUAAUUCAUUUAACAGUACACUGUAAUUGGAUUCAUAAAGUGAUGUAAAUUGUGAAGUGUUUAAAAUUGAGAAUAAUUUUGAAAAGACGUUUUUAGGAUUGUGUAUUUUACAAAGACGUUGACACAGUCAGUGUGAUUGUUUGGAUUUAUAAUGUUAAAUUGUUGUUCUUUUGGAUUUAUGAAGAUUAAUCCGGUGUGACAAAGAUAAUGGUUACAUACAAGACUGACAAUGACAUCUUGGAUAUAAACAAAUAAGUUGGAUAAUGAUGCAGAGACUGUUGGCAAAGGCGUUGUACGACAAUGUCGCAGAGUCACAGGACGAGCUCGACUUCAAACGCGGGGAUGUCAUUACUGUACUCGAGCAGGAAACUGGUGGCCUUGAGGGCUGGUGGCUGUGUUCUCUGCGAGGAAAGCAGGGAAUCGCUCCUGGGAACCGGCUGAAAAUGCUCACAGGAUCAGUGGCCAAUCACGUGCGGUCACACACCGCUGACUUCCAGACUUUGCCUCAGCCGACAGAAAGAACUCACCAGGAAUGGAACCGGCGGAGUUGGGAUGGCUCGACUAAUAAGGUGGUGAUGCCCAGCCGUCAGGGUGACAUGUACACAUACACCCAGCCACGAGGUGCCCAGCAGCCCGACUAUGACAUACCCACACAGCGUUACCCGGGCCUUAACACCACAGCGAGUCCCGCGCCUGGAAGCAACAACUCCUCCAGGGAGGAUUUACUCAAUGCGUCUGGGGCGAGUAUGGAGCAGACAUUUUACGAUACUCCCCCUCAGAGUCGAAAUUUUCGGUCCGCGGAUUUCAACAUGUAUGAUACACCUCCAACUCAUUUGAGCUUGGACUCGUAUGAUAUGCCUGGUGGAUCAGUACGGACUAGCUUGGCUUCGAAGUUCUCUGAUGAAACUAUGAGUAUGUCUAGUGGUAUGUCAUACAAUAAGUCAAACUCUGCAAGCAUGUGUGAUUCGGCUAGGUCAAGCAUGGAUAUUUCUCCUCUGGACAUGUACGAUGUUCCACCCUCACAACGAGAACGCGAGGCAAGGGAAAAAUCUGCUGCAUUAUACCCUAUACGAUCAUCAAAAGACUCUGGGUUGGAUAUGUAUGACUCGCCUCCAAAAUUAAAAUCGCCGCCCUCAAUGAUUGACGACUAUGAUGUACCAAAAUCUGCAAUGGAUAAUGCACGUGAAACUCAUUUUAAAAACAUUCAUAUUCCUGGUUCGGAACCAUCAAGUCCUGGUGAUGUAUUAGAUGAUUAUGAUGUACCAAAAUCACGAUCACCGUUUGCUCAAAGCACAUCAUCUCAUGUAAAUAAUACUUCAGUUAGAUCUGAAACUUCUGAUCUUGAAGACUAUGAUGUUCCAAGGCACCCUACACCUGUCAUAGGCAAACCACCACUAGGAGUGAAAUCAAAACGUCAAAAAUCAAAUUCGGUAGGCUCAAUUUUGGAUGAUUAUGAUACACCGCCAACAAACCCAGAAAAAGUUUCAAAAGAUGACUCCUUUGCAAUUAAGCCUAAAAAGACAUUUGACCCUGAAGUUUCAGAUGAAGAGAAUAAUUACGAUGAACCUGACCAAAUGGAUUCUGAAAGUAGUGCAGCAGGUUCUGGAGCUAAACCAAAGUUACAAAAGCAAGAACAUGCAGUGGAUGACCUGUAUGAUUCUCCAAGAAAUAACGCCCCAGUUAAAAAUAUGACGAAAGAAUUUUCAGCAUUAUCAGUAACACCCAGACCAAAACCUCUAGGAGUGUAUGAUAUCCCUCCACAGGUUACGAGAGAUUCAGUUAUAUCAUCACGAUCAGACUCUUCUGAUGAGCGAGACAAUGGUAGUUACAGGUCGUCAAUAUGCAGUAAUGAUUCCCGAGGGGCAGAUUUUCUCAUAUACGAUGAACUAUUGCUGGAACAUGAUGCCGCAACAGAUUUAAUCAUAAAACUUCAACAGGAUGUUCAAAAGUCUGUAACAAAAUUUAGCACAUUUGUUCACAGUUCCUGGAAAAAGAAAGACAAUAUUGAACUGAAAAUGUAUGAUAUCAAACAGGCAUGUAAUGCCCUUGAGCAAGCACUUGGUGAAUUUGUUGAAUUCGGACAAGGUACUUUAGCGAAUUCAGCUAAAUUAUCAGACAGGAAGUUGAUUAACAAGUUGAGUAAAUAUUUGAUCCCCUUGCAACAGGCCUUGCAACAAAUUAGAGUGAGCAUCAAACAUAUGGAUGAUGUGGAAUGGCAGGUGUCCAAACUGGUGCAUGUUGAGUCCCCAAAGAAAGACGAUCUGGCCAUUAUCAUAUCAUUGUCAAAAGACUUAGGUAGUGAUGUAAAGAAGCUUGCUUCGUUUAUUCAAGGAAACUCGCAGCUGCUGUUCAAACGUGCCAAGGAUUUCAACAGAAGCUCAAGAACUCCCGAACAUUCCACUCCGACAAGUGCAGGUAGACCGCCAAACGGGAAAAAGCCUGCAAUUCCUGCCAAGAUGACACCAGUCCAGACACGACCCCUUCCCGCUCCCCCACCGACAGAGCGCCCCCUUCCCCCCACACCCACUGACAAGAAAGCUCCAGCAUUUGGGUUCUCGGGUACAGAUCCUAAACGCCUUUCAGGAGACUUUGGUAAUAAAAGAAACUCUGGGGACUAUAAGCAUUGGUCAGGAGAUAUUCAGGUCAAGAGAAUGAGUGAAUCAGAUAACUCAUCAUUCAAAGUUGAAGAUCUUGUGCAAGAGUAUGAUUAUGUUGAACUGGAAGAAGACAACAAACAAUCUGAUGACAAUGGAAAAACUGGUUCGAAAGAAAAGGGUUUAGAUGAAAUCAGUGAAUAUGAAAAACAAGAAGUUGAAAAAGUUCUUAAUGCAACUGACAAUUAUGCAAAGGAAAUGGAGAAAACAUUAGAUGAAAUUGAUGGUGUGAAUAUUUACUCAGAUGAUUCUGGGGGAACUUUGAAACGAGAUGCUAAACCACCAAAACUUGAAGAUUGUGAUGUUGAAAACAGUGACACAGAACAUGACACUGGCACCUUAAAAAGAAAGCCAAAUGAUGAGAAAGACCAUGAUAGUGACACUUUGAAACGAGAUGAGAGACCGGUAAGAGAUACAGAUGAUGACAGUGAAAAGACACCUGUAAAUAAUGAACCAGAAAAUACAGAAAUUCCUGAACAAGGUGAAAGCUCAACUAAGAGUGGACCACUGCUUUCGGAAGAUAAACAAGUGCUAGCAUUCUAUGCUGAACAGUUGGAAACCCAUACAACGUUGCUGACAAACUCAAUUGACGCUUUUUUUCAGUGCAUUGAAACAAAUCAAGCUCCUAAAGUGUUCAUUUCAAAUAGCAAAUUUGUUGUAGUGUCUGCGCAUAAACUUGUAUACAUAGGUGACACAUUACAUAGGAAUCUUAAACAUGAACAGGUACGGAACCUUAUCAUCCAGCGGGCAAAUUAUCUAUGUGACUGCCUGAAAAGAACAGUAAUGUCCACAAAAACAGCUGCCCUACAGUACCCGUCAGUGCCUGCAGUGCAAGACAUGGUGGACCGAGUUGUUGAUGUGUCACAUGCUGCAAGAGAUCUCAAACAGUUUGUGUCGCAAGUUGCAAACUUGUAGUAGUGCUAAAUUAAAAUUCACUUUGUGCUCUUUAUUGACCUGCAUACAUGUAUAUUGUCCAUAAAUUGCCAAAAUGGCUUAUUCACAUAUGAAAUAAAGAGCCUGAUAAGCCCUACCAGCGACAUAUUUGCUUUGAAUACAAUGUAUAUAUUGAGUCUGCAGCAAAUUUUGAGAAUUUAAAAUGCAUUGCAAAUAACUGGGACAUUAGCAGGAUCAAAAGUUAGAUUCUAUCAUCAGAGGUUAGAUUCUAUAAUUAGUGUUUAUAAACAAAACAGAACAGAUGGUUCUGUUUGGACACUGUCACAUUAUUAACAAUACCAAGUUUCUUUUGAAUCUUCAGUUUUCUUUCUCAAUAAAUGUGCCAUUGUAGAAGCAGUUUAAGUUAAGCAGUCUAUAAAGAAUAUAGUUAAUAUUGUCAUAUCCAAUAUCUGUUAAUCGAUGUUGUGUAUGUAUUUCUUAGUCAAGUUGUACAAAGUUCGUAUAUAAACACAGUAUUUAAAGUAUUAUAUUUGUUGUUAAAUAUUCUCUUAAAGAGAUAGAUUCAUGUAUCAUUUGUGUCAGUUUCUUCAUGUUGUGAUAUUGUAUUUAUGAGUUAAAGAAUGUGCCUUUAAGAGCAUUUGUAUGCCUGCUUCUCAUUAUAUUAACAGCAAUGGUAUGCCUCUUGUUCUUCAUUAAAAAUUCAUUUGACACGAAUGACAUCUUUCUAUAAGUCAUUUAAGAAUAGUUUUUGUUUUAUGAUUACGGCUCUUAACAGAUUCUUGAUCCUUAGAAAAUCAAAAGAGACAUUGUGUUAGUCACUUUGGCGUCUUCCUGGUUUUCCAAAAAUGAAAUCUAUGAUGGAAAUUUAUUGUAUAAUCUCCCUGUUAAGCUAAGCCAAGGGUGAAUGUUACUUUAUACUUAUAUGUAAGAAUUAAUAUAUGCAUACUAAUUAUAUUCUUAUGUAGAACAUUAAACACCAAUCAGCUUGCCUUUUAUAGAUGGAGAAUACAGUGUCAUAAUAAGCUUUAUUUUACUCUACCAGUCCUGCAUAGGAAAUAUCAUUUGCACAAAGCAUUCAUUGUGUGUUUCAAGUUUUAUUUUGAGUAAAUUGCUUUAAUUAACAAAAAAAUGAAAUAGUGUGCUGCGUUUAAAUUCUAAUGACAAUGAAGUUGAAUUUUAAUUUGUACCAGAUAUGUGAAAAUGUAUUUCUAAAAAAAAUCAAUUUUAUCAAGGUGUGUAUGCAAAAAAACUGCUGUAAUUUAAAAUAAAAUAUCAUUUCAAGGUCAUUCAGAAACUUUAAUAUUCUAGUAUUGCUGGCAACAUCAGUCAUUUCAUUAUUAAAGAAAGCAUAAUAAUUAUUACAGUCUUAUUGUGUUCUAUUUAAAAAAACUGAAUCAGAUCAUGUCAUAGUCAUGAAGAACCAAACUCUGCUUGUUAAAAUGUGUUGUUAAUGUUGGUUGUAACCAAGACUUCAUUUGUAAUGUUUGCUUGGUUGAAAGAAAUGUCAAGUAAUCAAAUUAAAUAUUUCUGAAAUGUGA